AUGGAUUUAAAUUCAGAAGAAAAUAAAAAAAAACUUAAUGCUGCCUUCUAGCAAAUGAAAUAAAAAAUAUAAUCAGAAGAAAAAAGAGCUUCAGAAGAAGAAUAAAGAAAAAAUGAAUUAGAAACAAAAUUUAAUAUUUUGUAAUAUGAAAAAACUUAAAUUCAUAAGAAAUUUAAUGAUAUAGAAAAAGCUUAUAAUUAUAAAAUUGAAGAAUUACAACAAAAAGAAACUAAACUUAAAGAAUUAUAGAAAAAACUAGAUUUUUAUUAUGUAAAUCAAUUGUAAAAAUGCUUUAGAUGGAAUAACCAAAAAAAGGUUUUUUUAAUUUUGGAAGCGAUGACUAUAAAUAAUAUAGGAAAUAACUUUUUGAUUAUUAACAAGAAAUAGAAAUUAAGUCUAAUGAAUUACAAAGACUUCAUGAAUUAUUAUUUGAGACUAAAAAACAUCAAGAUGAAACUGAAAAGAACUAUUUAGAAUAAAUUAUUAAUUUAGAAUAAAAAAUAAAAUGUCAAAUUGAAAGUAUAGAAAAAGAGAAAAAUUUUAAAUAAGAAUUAUAAAAAUAAGUAAAGCAAUUAAAUUAAAUUAUAAUUAAUAAAGAAUCAGAACUGAAAGCCUGCAAACAAAAUUUAAAUGAUUAAGAUGAUUAGAUUAGACAAUUCUAAGAAAAAUUAUAAUAAUAAUUGGAAUUGUAGAAUGAAUUAUAAAAUACGUUAAUUCUUAAAAAAGAAGAAUUAAAAAAAAAUUAUUUAGAAACAGAUUAAUUAAAAGUUAACUUAGAAUUAAUAAAAGACCAUUUAUAUAACAUAAUACCAUAAUUAGAGAGUGAAUAUUAAAAUUCAUCAAUAAUUUUAAAUCUUAAAUAAUUUAUUGAUAAAACUUUUGGUGUUGAUAAACAACGUGAUUAAAAAGGUAUUUUGUAUUUUAAAUGUAUAGUUAAUUAAAUAAAAUAAGAGUAAGAGUUAUAGAAAGAACUUUUAAUUUAAAAAGAUAGUUAUCAAGUAUUUUUGAAGGCAAAAGAUAGAAUUAUAAAGAUGGGUAAAAAUAUGGAAUAAUUGGAAAUAAAGAAUAAAACAUUAUAAGAUCGAAUUUAGAUCCUAGAAUAUAAAAGAGCUUAAACAAAAGGUUCAGAAUUUUUGAGUGAUCAAAUAAGUGUAAUGUGA